CGGGCUUGUUCAAUUUAUUCAGGGAGGAUAGGGUUUAACGUUACGAUAUUUUGCAAACAAAAUAAUGGAUAAAAUUAGAUCAAAUGACAACAAUUUGGCCUUCCAUUUUUCAUAUAUCUUUCAAACCAUUACUGAUAUUCCUGGUUUGUCUUAUCAUCUUGGUAUUGCCUAAAUGACUGCUUCUACAAAUGUACUUCAUCUUCCUAUUUGCCUUUAGGAAAGGUUCAUAGUUCAGGUCAACCGCAUAGUUCACAUGAGAAAAGAUGUCUGAGCUAGAUGCCGGUGUCCUGCAUGUGGACAUGAAAAUUGACGAUAAAAAUGUAUCUGAAGGAGCGAUGGCACUUUUACAAACUGUGAAACCCAGUUGGAAGAGCGAAGAUGUGAAAAUUAAGGUUUUCACAGAUGGAAUAACCAACAAACUUGUUGGUUUAUACCUUCCAGACAAUCCUAGCGACACAGUGUUGGUCCGCAUUUAUGGACAAAACACAGAGCUGUUUAUAGAUAGAAAAAAGGAACUCCAAAAUAUGGUUUUGCUCCACAGCGCAGGGUGCGCUCCUGAGGUGUACUGCUCCUUCAAUAAUGGGCUGUGCUAUGCAUUUGUUCCUGGUGUUGUUGGAAAUAGAGAUUUGGUCAGGGAUGAGAAAGUCAGAAAGUUAAUAGCCAAGGAGAUGAGUAGAAUUCAUUCCAUCCAAAAUGCAGGCAGCAUCAAUGAUAAAAAAAUAAAAAUCUCACCAGAAGCUAUGGUGUUCAAGAAAAUCAGGUCCUGGUUAGAACUGGUGCCAGAUCAUCUUGACAAUACAGAGCAGGAUGAAAGAUAUCAAAGAGAAAUCAAGAAGAGGCAUGAAUUAGAAGCUGAAUUAUCUGAGCUCCAGGGACCAUUAGAGGCUCUUAACUCACCAGUGGUGUUCUGUCACAAUGACAUUCUCUGUGCUAACCUUGUGUAUGAUGCAAGUCAAGAUAAGGUGGUGUUCAUAGAUUAUGAAUAUGCUGACUACAACUAUCAAGCUUUUGAUAUUGGAGAUCACUUCUGUGAAUUUGCAGGGGUGGAUGAUGUUGACUACUCUUUGUACCCUGACAAGGACUUGCAGCUGAAGUGGCUUAGAACUUAUCUAGAAUGUGAGAAAGAACUGAAAAAUCUACCAGCAAGUGAUGUGACUGACAAGGAUGUAGAGAUAUUAUAUGUUCAAGUGAAUAAAUUUGCUCUUCUCGCCCAUUUCUUCUGGGGAGUUUGGGCUAUCCUUCAAGCAAGAUUCUCAAACAUAGAAUUUGACUUUGUUCAAUAUGCAGCACAGAGGUUUGGAGAAUAUUUCAAUAGAAAGAAUGAAUUCUUAGCUCUGAAACUUCCACAGUAGAAAAAAUGUAUAUCAAGCCUAAAAAAAAAUAUUGGUACAGAUAAUAUCAAUGACAGGUUUCUGUGGAACUCAUAGAGAAAGCAGGUGUACAUGUAGAUAAUUGGAAGUAAAAUUUGCACAAAUUGUAUAAUUGUGAUCAUGGUGUAUUGAUACAAGUAUUUUUUGUAUAGUUUCUUGCACAAAAGCUCCAUGCUCAUCAUAACAUACUGACAUGGAAAUCAUAUCCCUGGCCUCAGUUGUUUAAGACAGAAUACAGGCACUUACAAACGCAACAAUCAAUUUUGCUGGCUAUGUUCUACUAUAUAAAAUACAAUGCUGCCUCCACGUACAUUUUCAGUCUUGGAGCUCAGUCCAGAUGGCUCAUCUCUGUAAAUCAUUUGAAUACAUUUACCUCACCAUAGUACGCCAUUCUAAUGACAUUUCAUUCCACAUAAGUUGUAGUGUGUGCAUGUACUUGCAUGCGUGCAUUGGAGGCAUAUGUGCUUCCUACAGUGAACUGUUGUGAUCAUUUGAGAUUCAUAUUGACUGGAUGUUAAAUAUGCUGGCCUUAUUGCACUGCAUUUAUUGUAACAUUUAUUUAGCUUCUACUUUAAGGGAUAUCUUUACUUUAUACAUUUGGUGUCAAGUCUGUUUUGCACAAUUUACAUAUAUACUGUUGAAUGAUUUGUACAUUUAAUUGUUAUGAUUUUGGAUAAUAUUAUUUUGUAGUGGUUUUAUCAUGUUAUGAAUAUUUUAAAAUCUUGGAUAACAGUAUGUUGAUGUGUAAAUUAAAUCAUAAAAAUGGUAACAAAAUUUGUCCUACUUAAAUCAUAGAACUUCUGAAAGGAUAACAACAUAUUUAGAGUUGUAUAAAUUGGACUUAAAAGGACUGUUUUUGAUACUUCAGUGAAUGACGGAAAACCAUGAUCAUCUUGACAUUUUUUUUU